AUGGUAGAGCAAGCGAUAGCCAUGGCGGGGACCCUGUGCGACGAGCCGGACUUCUCCACCUUCGAGAACAAAACAGGGCUGGCGGAGGACAUGAAGUUCUUGGCCUCGAUGCCGGAGCUCUGUGACGUCACCUUCCUGGUCGGCGACACGAGAGAACCCGUUUGCGCGGUCAAGGCGGUGCUGGCGGCCCGGAGCAGGGUGUUCCACAAGCUCCUGUACAACUCGUACUCGCCGCAGAAGAAGAAGGAGCCGAUGAGCAGAGAGAAGAAGAUCAAGAUGUUCCUCAAGAGGUCCUCGGAACCGCUGAUGAACCUCCAAGGACAACCUCAAGGACGACAGGGUCGAUCCGGAUACACUCACAAACUGGACACCAUCCCGGAGCCCCAGGGAAACGUCCACCAGACCCUGAUUGUGGAGGAAUUCGAGCCCGAUGUGUUCCGUCAGCUAAUCGAGUACAUCCACACCGGCUGCGUCACGCUCCAGCCGAGGACGCUGCUGGGGCUGAUGAACGCCGCCGAUUACUACGGUCUGGACGAGCUUCGAAAGGGCUGCUCCGGCUUCGUGCAGUGCUGCAUCAACGUCGACACCGUCUGCGCUCUCCUGGCCUCCGCUGAGAGAUACAUCCAGUACAAGUGCACGAAGUCUAUGGUGCAGAAGGUGCUCGAGUUCGUGGACGAGCAUGGCAACGAGGUCCUGAAUCUCGGCUCGUUUACCCUCCUGCCGCAGCACGUGGUCAGACUCAUCAUGGCCAGGGAGGAACUCAGGGCCGACGAGUUCACCAAAUUCCAGGCAGGCCUCAUGUGGUCCAAGAAACACUGCGACAACCAACCCAACACAACGGACCUGAAGGAGGUGAUCGGGAACUUCCUAGAAUACAUCCAGUUCUACAAGAUCCCCGCCAACAUCCUCAUGAAGGAAAUCCACCCGCUCGGUCUCGUUCCCUACCACAUCAUCAUGAACGCUCUCGCUUACCAGGCGGACCCGAGCAGCGUGGACCCUGCGAAGCUCUCUCCGAACCGCAACCGCCGAUCAAACGAGAGAUCGAUGUCCGUUCAGAGCUCCCUCGAUCCUCUAGGCUCCAGCACGACGCUCUCCUCCUCCGCCUCCUCUGAGAUGGAGUCCGGGAGGCACUCGUCCGAAGGGGGAGGGGCAGACCACGUUUUCAAGGACUGUUGGCGAAUGCCCUUAAGAAGAACAGGGACUGCCAACAUAUAUUCGAACUCAGGUUUCAUUGAGGACAUGUGUCUUAUGCUCUGUGACUUCUUCAUCGUCAAGAACUUGAACUCUAUAAUUUCGUGCUCUGCCGUUCCCACUGGGCCCGUUGCCUUACCGCGCCCAAGUGCCAAACUCCUAAUGAAGCGAUAUCACCCUCAUGUGUUUUGA